AUGCAGUGCACUGUCGUCGCCCUUUGCGUCAUCGUUGCUUCUGCAACUGCGGGUGGACUUGGAGGCUAUGGUCUUGGAGGUCUUGGCUACGGAGGAUAUGGGCUCGGCUACGGCGGUGGCUACGGCGGAGGCCUAGGUUACGGGGGAGGCCUGGGAUAUGGUGGAGGCCUAGGUUAUGGUGGCGGCUACGGCGUCGGAGGCGUGGGCGUCGGCAGCAGCGUGGCCCUUUUGAGCGGAGGACCUGCGUUCGCCAAGGUUGUGGCCGGGCCUGCUUUCGUCGUGAGGUCUGUCCACCAUGUGAACAAGGUUAGCGGAGGAGGCGCCCUUCUCGCUCACUCUGGUCUCGGCGGAGGAUACGGAAGAGGCGUCGGCUACGGUGGAGGAUACGGUGGAUACGGAUAUGGUGGCUACGGCUACAAGGGCUAA